UGAUUAUCGGAAUUAAAAAAUGGAAUUUCUAUCAAUCUCUGCAAACAAUUAACCCAGAGCUUUGGAUUGGGCGAAUUUUUUAGGGUUUAUCGUGUUUCCGAUAUAGAAUGCCGACGCCGGCGAACCCUUCGAAUUCCGACUCCGACUCAGAAAUUGAGAAAAAUCCAGAGCCCAAUGCCACUUUUACGUCUGCCUCUCUGGUCAAAACCAAUCCGUCGAUUCCUCCCCUUGUCUGCCUCGUCAGGUUCGCCGGUGAUUCCGCCGCCGGCGCUUUCAUGGGCUCCGUUUUUGGCUACGGUUCUGGAUUAAUCCAGAGGAAGGGCUUUAAAGGAUCCUUCGCAGAGGCUGGAUCUUCAGCCAAGACAUUUGCAGUUUUAUCCGGAGUUCACAGUUUAGUUAUCUGCUUUCUGAAGAGAUUACGAGGCAAAGACGAUGUGAUAAAUGCAGGUGUCGCUGGUUGUUGCACGGGCCUUGCACUAAGCAUCCCAGGUCCACCUCAAGCUCUGCUACAAAGCUGUCUGACAUUUGGGGCGUUUUCGUUUAUAAUCGAAGGUCUUAAUAAGCAGCAGCCAGCCCUUGCUCAGUCUUUUACCGUUGGGGUUAAUACGAGGCAGCAUUUUAGUGCUCUUCAUCCUUUGGCACUACCCUUGCCAAACGAACUCAAGGACUCGUUUUCGUCAUUUUACCGAUCUAUACUAAGGAAAUGAGUCUAUCGCGACGGUUAUAUGUUAAAUUGACCAAUUAUGCCUCUUUGCUUGAUGCUUGAGUUUUUCUUUAUUUAUUUUUUUUGGCGGCUUUUGUUUCUGGUAUUGCCAUUUUGCGUUUGAAGUUUAUUUAAGUUGUUAAAUGUAUCGUUUACUAUUAAUAUCUUCAAUAACUGCAAUAGAGUCGAAUUCAGACGAAUUUUAAUCAAGACAAACGUGAAUUGUUCUCGAGUAA